GAGCUCCGUACCACAGAAUAGAAACUCUGACGCCCAUUUCCAACUAUCGUGAUCCACCUCAGCUCAGCCCACAAAAUCCACUGCUCAAAUUUCAAUUUGAUGCAUUUCCUAAAGAUAAAAACAAAAUUAUCUUUCGGAUUUUGGAUUAUUAUUUGCUAAACCCGCGUUGAUCAAUUUUGCGGUUGGAAUGAUAGGUUUUUGCCCAUUGUAUUGCUGUUUUGGGGUCUGAUUCUUCGCAUUUUGGGGAUUUCAGCAAUGCGAGCUGCUUCCGUUGAAUUUACCCAACUUCUACUGGGAUUUUAGGUGCUUGAAAACCCUAGAUUUUGGGGAAUUUUGUCUCAGCUUCAGCGGAUGCGAAAGAUACUGAUAUGAAUAGGGACGAGUUGGGAAAUAUUAUGACUGUCAGGACGAAACCAGCAGCUCUAGUUGUUGCAAAAAGCAAUGGCCACCGAGAAGAUGUUGGGCAGUCUAAGAUGGAACCGCAUGUGGGGUUAGAGUUUGAUACGGCUGAAGAAGCACAGGAGUUCUACAGUUCCUACGCUACCGAAGUCGGGUUCAAGAUUAGGAUUGGACAGUUAUAUAGAUCCAGAGUUGACGGUGCUGUUAUUUCUCGGAGAUUUGUGUGUUCGAAGGAGGGGUUUCAGACCAACUCAAGGACUGGUUGUCCAGCUUUCAUAAGAGUGCAAAAGGUAGAUUCUGGGAAGUGGGUUUUAGCUAAUAUUAAGAAGGAGCAUAAUCACGAUUUUGAAGCGUCUGGAGAACUCUGUCCACCUCGGAUACAGAGGAAAACUAUUCCAACUCCAAGGUCAUCAUCGGCUGGUGGGGCUAGUCGGACUGGAAUCAGAUCACAUGAGGAUGAUAGUCCAACUGGCGUAGUUGAUAUGAAACGUCUCAAAAAGGAAGAGAUGGAUGGAAUGGUUGGACCUGUAGCCGAACCACAAAAAGGGCUAGAAUUUAACACUGCCAAUGAAGCUUAUAAAUUCUACUACACUUAUGCAGCUAGUGCAGGUUUCAGGAUCAGAAUAGGUCAGUUAUUCCGUUCCAAGCAUGAUGGGUCGAUCACAUCUCGAAGAUUUGUGUGCUCCAAAGAAGGGCAUCAGCAUCCUUCGAGAGUCGGCUGUGGAGCAUAUAUGAGAAUACAGAGGCAAGAAUCAGGAAGGUGGGUUGUUGAUCGUCUACAGAAGGAGCAUAAUCAUGAAUUUGAAACUCCUACAGAUCUUAGUAGAACUGUCACCGUUGCAUCAAAGGGGGAUUACAGAGAGGAAGGAAGCAAUAUGCUGGAGAAUUUGGAUUUGGUAGAGACAAACGGAGGCCUGAGCCUUGUUAAACGUGUUUCAGAGAGUAACAUCAGUAGUGAUUGGUAUACUUUGCUUCUUGAGUACUUUCAAUCCCGGCAAGCGGAAGACACAGGAUUCUUUUACGCAGUGGAAACACGUGAAGGCAAGGCAAUGAAUGUUUUUUGGGCCGAUUCACGAUCUAGAUUUGCAUGCACUCAAUUUGGAGACGCCAUUGUCUUUGAUACGACACACAGAAGAGGUAGUUAUUCAGUGCCAUUGGCUUCAUUUGUUGGCGUUAAUCAUCACCGUCAACCAGUACUACUUGGUUGCGCAUUAGUAGCGGAUGAAUCUGAGGAGUCGUUUACUUGGAUUUUUCAGGCUUGGCUUAGGGCAAUGUCGGGGCACCGCCCCAUUUCUAUGAUAGCCGAUCAAGACCACACUAUUCAGCAUUCAAUUGCUCAGGUUUUCCCGGGGACGCAUCACCGAUUUUCUGCCUGGCAAAUCCUGGCUAAAGAACAGGAGAAUUUAGGGCCAUUACUCUCCAUGUAUGCUGAUUUCAGAUAUGAUUAUGAAACUUGCGUCUUCCAGAGUCAGACGGCUAAUGAGUUUGAUUCUGCUUGGGAUAUGCUCAUGGACAAAUACAACCUCAGAGAUCAUUCUUGGUUCAGGGAUAUGUACAGAAUGCGUAAAAGCUGGGUCCCUUUCUACCUCAAAGGAACAUUCUUUGCCGGAAUCCCCGUGGAUGGGAGCUUAAAGUCAUAUUUUGGCACUAUCUUGACGGCUCAGACGCCUCCCAGUGAAUUCAUUGUACGAUAUGAGAAAGCUCUGGAGCAGCGUCGCGAAGAGGAAAGGAAGGAGGAUUUCAACACCUUCAAUCUCCAAGCAGUUCUGCACACGAAGGACCCAAUAGAAGAGCAAUGCAGAAGGCUUUACACAAUCACAAUGUUUAAGGUCUUCCAGAAGGAGCUCUUGGAGUGCUAUAGUUACGUUGGGAUGAAGAUAAACGUUGAAGGCGCCAUCAGCAGAUACAUGGUGCAGAAGUGCGGGAAUAGCGAGGAGAGGAAAACUGUUGCCUUCAAUGCAUCAAAUCUCAACAUAAACUGCAGCUGCAAGAUGUUUGAAUUUGAAGGUGUUCUCUGCAGGCAUGCUCUCAAAGUGCUCCAAAUCAUGAACAUAAGGGAGCUCCCGUCGCGGUAUGUCCUGCACCGGUGGAGCAAGAACGCCAAAUACGGCAUCCUCAGGGAUGCGGACUCAGCAGGUGGUCCGCAGGAUUUCAAGGCGCUGAUGCUGUGGAGUCUGAGAGAAGAAUCGCGGAACUACAUUGAGGCAGGGGCGGUGUCUCUCGAGAGAUACAAACUGGCGUUUGAGAUCAUGCAGGAAGGUAGGAGGAAUCUCUGCUGGCAAAACUAGGGCCAUGUAUCUGUUAGAAAUGUUCACAUGUAUUUAUCUCGGUUCGAGCUCGGAGCUGGGCUCACUUCCAAAUCGCUUGUAACUCGGGGCUAGUUUUUCACUUGUUUCAGCCAUGUAAAUUAGAUAGCAUCACCCUUUUUUCUUUGCAAUCUGUAUGCAGCUUGGCAAGAAUCGUAGUUCUAAUGGAAAAUUCAGCUGAAAUUGUUGUUAAA